AUGACCCCGCGGCUCUGGGCCUCCUGUCUCUUCCCGCUGUUCCUGGGGGGCUUCGCUCAGCUGACCCCGGAGCCGCAGAAGACGAAGGUGGACUGCUACAAGGGGGUGGCAGGCACCAUCUACGAGUACGGCGCCCUCACGCUCGGCGGCGAGGAGUACGUCCAGUUCCAGCAGUUCGCGGGCAAGCACGUGCUCUUCGUCAACGUGGCCACCUUCUGAGGCCUGACCCCCCAGUACGUGGAACUGAAUGCACUACAGGAGGAGCUGAGAGCUUUUGGAGUCGUGGUGUUGGGUUUUCCCUGCAACCAAUUUGGAAAACAGGAGCCAGGAAAGAACUCGGAGAUCCUUUCUGGGCUCAAGUACGUGCGUCCAGGCGGUGGCUUCGUUCCCAAUUUUCAGCUCUUUGAGAAAGGGGACGUGAAUGGAGACAAAGAACAGAAGGUCUUCACCUUCCUGAAGAAUUCCUGCCCUCCCACCUCCGAUCUGUUGGGCCCAUCAGACCGCCUCUUCUGGGAGCCCAUAAAGGUCCACGACAUCCGCUGGAACUUUGAGAAGUUCCUGGUAGGGCCCGAUGGCGUGCCUGUCAUGCGCUGGUUCCAUCAAACUCCUGUCAGCAGCGUCAAGUCCGACAUCCUCGAGUACCUGAAGCGGCUCAGCUGAGCCCCAGCAGGGCAGAGGCAGCCGGCCUGCCUCCACCUGAAGAGCUUGCUUUGGAGAAGGUCCGGCUCUGUUACAUCCCUUCCUGUGCAGCCUCCCUGAGCUGAGACCAACCCAUAUUGUAAUGCCCAAGUGUGUGUAUGUGUGUGUGCGCGCGCACGCAUAUGCCUUUGAAAAUUAGGGGAACAAAAGAUUAUCCCCCCAACUUUCUGAUCAUAAAAUACCAAGUUUUUCCUACCCUAUUCCAAAGGAAAAUCAUGUAUCAGGGUUCAGACUCUCCCAUGCCCCUAAAAAGGCAGUUCCCAGAAGCCCUGACAUCUGUCCUUUCUCUGUCCUGAAGGCUAAAGACAGCAGAAACUGGCAACAGUCUCUCAAGUUUCCCUUCUGUCAAGUAACCACUUCUCUCCACCAGAGGCACAUGUUGUAAAACCCCCUCCCUAGGUAGCUCUGCUGGUCCCUGACACCUUAGCUCUCUUCUAGGCUCUCUGAAGACAGAGUGAGACCAGAACCCUCGCUUCACCCAGAGGAGGGGCAUCUCCAUGAUGGUGGGUCACAAAGCCCUCUGGGUCAGACCCUAUCAGAGCCUCCCUGUGCCAGGCCCUUUGGUGCAUUCAGGUCAUGGCAUGGGGCAGGGAUGUCCCUUCAUUCUGAACGACGGGAUUUCUCCUCACCUGGAGCCUUCCCAGCUUUAAACUCAUCACAGUCUCAAAUUAAAAUUUUCUGCAGCAACUGGUUUCUGGUGGUGCUUUCCCGCCCCAUGUUGUAUCUGGAGUCUCACUCUAUCUCUGCUUCCUGUCUCCCUCGACCUGAUCUUAAGUAUUUUGUUUUUCUCAAAAGUGCUCUAGACCUUUCCUCUAAGUGGGAUGGGUGUCGGGGAGCUGCUUAG